CAAGAAAGUAAGAUUUCGAAUCCACCAAAAGCUGUUGUCAAUCUUGUUAAUUGGGUUUUUAAUCCUGAUACAGUAAUUUAUAUUAAAAUUAUUACUGCAUUUAUUGUAUUUAAUAGAAAAGA